AUGGCUGGCUGUGUACGAGUGUUACCCUCUUAUGUGGUACUACUGCUUUUACAAGAGUCUGUUGAAUGGAGGUUCCAUCGCAAUCUCUAUGAAUACAAGACAUAUGGGGCAAUUACCCUGGAGAUAUUCAAUAUUCCAUCUCACCCAGUUCGAGUGAACAUUAACUCAAGUGUGGAGAGCAGUAGUAGUAGCUGCCCUUUGAUGACUGUGAAAAUAUUUUCCAGUCAGUUUGGGAUUCCAGUGGUAAGAAGAGAGGGGGAAUCUUUCCCAGAUAAACUGUUUGUCAGCAAGACACCUGUACAGAAUAUAACUGUAGUCAGCACUAACCAGUCAGUUGUUUGGCAGCUGGAUCCAGUAAAACCUGGCCAAUUGUACGUCAUGGCCAUCCUGCCACGAGCUGACACCAGGAUUAAACAGAAGGGUCUGCAGCUCGAAUGCCAUUACUACGUGAAUCUACAGGCCACAGUCUUGUAUUACCUGGACACUGACAUAUACCAGCUAGGCUUCAACAGGACUCAUGAGGUUUCUCUCGUUGCCAAGUCUAAAACUUUAUUCAGGUAUGUUUUGUGUAUAAGCUUUAAAGUUCCUGUUGAUGCCAAAUCGUAUGUUGUGGAACUUGGUGGCUGUGGCCUGGAGCAGUGUCCAGUGAAUGCAUCUGUGUCCGAGACACUGGGGGUCAGCAUGGAAGAUGGAUCUAGCAGGGUCUGCCAUUGGGUCAACGGAUCAUGUAGGCUUGAGGUAAGACUAUGUUUUCACAAGUUAAAAAUUUCUUGUUGUUGUAAAUUUGCAAUUUUAAAGUUGAGGGGCUGGUCUGCUCACCGACUGCAACACCCCAGCCAGUGCCACACAGGGGUAGAGUUCAAUGCCAGCAGCCUGAAAGAUAACAGUAAAAACUACGUCAUCAUUCCUUACCCACAGAGUGGCCUCUGGUUUGUUAGCUUGGUGGCUCAGUGCUUCCACACAGAUACCGGCACAGGUAAAGAGGUACUUCAGCCGUGCAAAUCCCCAAUAACUGCCAACGUGACCAUUCGUCUGUCUCCAUGUAUUGAUGGUGGCUGUUUAAAACGUGGCGUGUGCAAACUGUUCAUGGAGUCGGAUCUUUUAUUCUCUGCAUGUAACUGCUUCUCUGGUUGGCGAGGUUACGGCUGUAAUGAUGGAAGUCAAGCUGAUGAUGCUACACUAGAGAUUAUUGGUGUUUACCUACUGACGCUAUCAAAUUUGUGCUUUAUACCGGGUAUUGUCCUGGCCAUACGUCGCCGGUUUUAUGUGGAGGCUCUUGUGUAUAGCUACAACAUGUUUUUCUCAACAUUUUAUCAUGCUUGCGAUAGCAGUGAGAUCUAUCAGCUGUGCAUCUUGCCGUACAACGCCCUUAGCUUUGCUGACUUCUUUGCUUCCCUGCUGUCCUUCUGGGUGACGCUGAUGGUCAUGGCUCGCAUCAGCCAGGGCUUGAGGUCUUUCCUGCACAUGCUGAGUGCUCUGUUUAUCUCCCUGGGGGAGGUCUACAACCGACACGGACUCAUGGAGCAGCUGAUGCCUAUAGCUGCCGGUGUGUUCAUUCUCUUAGUGUCCUGGGCGUUGGAAUCCUAUAAAAGAAGAACUGUGUUCCCCUCAAAACAACGUCUGCUGUGGUAUAUCUUGCCUGGGCUGGUCCUUGCUGGCGCAGGUCUGAUCGUCAGCCUUGCCUUUCAGACAGACAGCAACUACAAAUACACACACAGUACCUGGCAUGUUUUGGUGUCCUUCUCUAUAGCAUUUCUGCUGCCACCUGGCAGGAAACAACCAGAUUCACCUGCCAGUUUAUCGGUACAGUCAGGGGACAUAACAAGACAGUCCGUUGUGGGAAGUCAGGAGUUUAAUGCAAGCAUACUUCAUGCCCAUGAUGCUGGUACCCCUGACGGAGCCUUAGAACCCUCGUCUCCUCCUGCAACACCCAGAAACAGCCGGGAAGUGGGACUCAUGCUGCUUAACCGCAGCCACUCAAGGGGAAGUCAGAAUUUAGUUUUAUAA